AUGUCGCAAAAACCCCGAAAGCUCCAACGCGUCUCCAAAGCCUGUAAGAUCCCCACGUUCAAUUUUGUGCUCCACUUGCGCUUGGCAAUUGUCCCCCCGGAUUGCACCAAGUUCCCAGCUCAUGUUGCAUCCACAGGCGACUUCUGCAAUAGACGCAGCAUAAAGUGCGGCAGAAGUGAAGACCCGCUAGGCAGAUGUCAGAAUUGUGCGGAUUUUGACGUCCCGUGCACCUUUGAUCGCCCGGCAAAGCGCCGGGGCGUCAAGGCUGGCACCAGGGCUUCUAUGCGAGAGACGCCAUUAUUGGCAAAAACGCCUGUCCCAGAGAAUGUCCUCCCCUUGGCGCCUUCCUCUCAGGCUACAGGGAGGAUGUCAACCUCCUCUGCGUCUAGAAGCUCAUAUUACCCCGAGUCGGCCCACCGCCCAUCAUUGACUGGAGAUUUAUGGUCUACCUUCAAUGCUGGCGGCGUGGCAACGGAAGGUUAUGAUGAUGAUGGCGCAUUGCGCAACUCAUGGAAUGCAUUUGCCGUUGCUUGUGAUCGUCAAAUACGAAAUCUGGUGCAAGUAUACUUCGAGAUUGUAUAUCCAAUCUUUCCCCUUUUCCACAAGCAAUCUUUUAUUGAAAGAGUUCAUAACCAAGAGCAUCUCAGAAAUCCUGGGCUAUUUGCCUGCACCAUGGCAGUUUGCGCCUUGGUUUCUGGGCGUGCGCGAGACGGCGCACUUUUUACUAAUAGGUGGCAUCGCGAUGAACUCGCUGAACCACCAUCCGAGGCAUUUUAUGCCGCCGCCAAGGAUUCUAUUCCCCGAGACCUUGCAGCAGCAAGGGGAAUUAACUAUAUGCGUGCCUGUGCUAUUCUCGCAAUUGCCAGCAUUCAGAAUAGCCAGAUCAAGAAUAUGCAAAAGUACUCCGGCAUGUAUCAUACUCUCACCAUUCUGGUCUAUCUAUACGUUGGAUAUUUAUUCCACCAUUGUUUGGGGGGCGUGAUUCGAUAUCGCGAAGCGCAUUCUCUAGUGCGAUAUCCGAGUGAAAUUGAUGAUGAGUUCAUCACACUACAUGGCUACGGGUUACCGCCUGUAUCUCCACACUCGGGCGUCCUCAAUCCAGAUGAUGUGCCCGUUGUAUCACGGCAGCCUGUAGCGUGGCUCCGGGGUUGGAACUUUACCACCGAUCUGUAUCGAAUUCUAGAACACGUCGUCGAUGGCAAUCGGCGUCGUUUCUCAUCAGCUAACGGAACCUCACAGGUGUGGUCUCUCUUUACCCCGGCAUCCAUGUCGGAACCAGCAGUCAUGGAGAGGGUACUGUCCAUGUAUGCCGCGCUGCCGUCGCAAUUCAAAGAAACCCCUCCUACUACAGGCGACAUGGCCAAGGAUCUGUUCGGGUUCCAGUCUGCCAACAUCCAGGCAACACUCCAGCUCCUUCGGAUGGUGCUCUUAUCGGCGGAAGAACUUGGCGUAGACCGCAAAUGUGACGUGGCUGGAGAACUUCUCAGUGUCUUCAGCAAGGUUCCUGUGGAGUAUUUGAACGCCAUCAGCUCCCCUUUGCUUCAUCACCUUGGCGGAAUCGGCUAUAUCCUCGGCUCUGUAAUGGAAGGUAGUUUAUCAGAAGCAUCCUACCAACGCGUGCGCACGUUGCUACUCGAAAUGGCCGACCUACUCAGCCGCCUCGAGACAGGCCUCCAGCGCGCCGCCGGCGCCAGCCAACGACUUCGAUCGCAGGUAGACAGAAUCGACGGCUACAUGCGCACAUCCCGGUUACUCAACCUCACAGCACCACACCUGCGCGCUCAUCAUACCACAAUUCCCCUCGAUACUAAACGCGAAGUGCCAAUUCCACCCACAACGUACAUUCCUCGCAGUGGCCCAGUUCCGGCAGUUGGUCCAUCGACGGCAAUAAGCGAGCAGAUGAUGCAGUUCCAGCUGCCGCCGGAGUUGCUGUCGGAUUGGCCGUGGCCAUUGGAUGGGGCUCAUGCGGAGGGUUUCCUUCCUAUGGCGUUUGAAUAA